UUUUUUUUCUCUCUCUUUUCAACAUGUUGGGAAAUUUGCCCUUGCCAACAACUUCUGGAAGAAAGGGAAUAAAAAAGUACUCAAUCACCAAAGUGGGGACAAUCAGCAGUGUCUCUGCUUUGUACAUAUUGAUAUCAACAUCCGCUGUAUUUCUCAACAAGCUAUUGUUCGCUACGUCUGAAUACAAGUUCCCAUACCCCUUUUUUACUGUAUUAUUUCAACUAUGCGUGACAUUUAUAUUCAUGGUCUUGUGGAGUAGUUGUCGUCCAGUGUAAAAUUACUUCCAGAAGGAAUUGGAAAAAGAAACUUGGACUUAUAUGUUGUAUAUCUCUAGACAUCCGAUGCACAUUCCUCGAUUCAGUUGGGAUUCUUCAGUAGCUAUCCGAGUAGCUCCUCUAUCUAUAGUCUAUAUGUGUGUCAUCAUAUUUAACCCUCUCUUCUUACGGCACGUCGAAGCAACCGCCUACCAUUUCUCUCAUUCAUUAUCGAUCGCUUUUUCAUUGAUCUUUUCCUUUUACAUGCUUAAAGUAGAGCCUUCACAAAACCUCACUUCAGCCUGUAUCGUCAUCAUGCUUGGUUUCUGUAUUGGAUCAAUGGGACAACUCAAUUUUUCGUUAGCUGGUGUGUUCUAUGCAUUGGCCUGGCCAGCUGUUGUCGCAAUAUAUGGAAUUUAUGUCAAAAAGACAAUAGCCGCAUUAAGAAAUGAUGUGUGGUUACUAAUACAAUACAACACAGCCAUGUCCAUAGUCACAUUGAUUCCUCUUGUCCUGUUGUCAGGCGAACUGAAGGAGGUCUUGAAUAACGUUUGGUUUUUGGAUGAGUUUGGAUUCUGGUUACAGAUGGUCAUAACAUCAUUUACUGGAUUUGCAGUUAACGUAGCCAUGGUCUACUUGCUUAUACAUGCAACACCACUAACACUUGCUGUUGCUAGUGCUAAUAAGUCGAUUUUUCAAGCAUCUAUAGUCGCAAUUGUGUUUGGUAACUCAAUGUCACUAUUGAAUGCAGCGGGUAUGCUUACCGCAUUAGGAGGGACCUUGUUUUACAUUUAUACUAAAUAUAGUGAACUCUAUUUGUAACAUUAAAAGAUAUAAAUUUAUAGAGAGACAAGAAAUAAUCUGCAUGUAUCUGUCUUUAUUUCAGGCAUAAAAAAGAAAGGAC